AUGGGAAAGCUCCCAACCGAAGAAGACAUCGCCUGGAUGAUGGCGCAUAUUAACGACUCGACAGUUCCCGACAUCAUUGUUUGCUGCGUGAUCUGCAGUAUCGCUUCAGUCAUCAUCCUGGCCCUUCGCAUCUGGGCGAGAUUCCAAGCCGGACUCAAACCCAUAUUCAGUGACUGGUUGGUCGUUGGUUCGGUGCUCAAUAUUUGCAAUCCGAUUCUAUACGGCGUUUCCAGCGUCCUUGUCAAAUGGAGCAUCCUCGCAUUAUACCUUGCAAUCUUUCCCCAAAGAAAGUUCCACUACUGGGUUCAUUUCGUGAGCACCGUCAACUUGCUAAAUGGACUCGCCAUAAUUCUCGUCAGCUGCCUGCAAUGCCGUCCUCUAGAGGCCUUAUGGAAUACAUCAGUGGUGGGCACUUGCAUCAACUUCAGUUAUUUCAGCAUCUUUAAUAGCGUCUUCAACUUUUUAUUGGACGUGGUCAUCCUUCUGACCCCCCUACCGCUCGUCAAACAACUCAACUCGUCGACACGAAAGAAGAUCUUGCUAUCAAUCAACUUUGCGUUAGGAGGAAGUGCUUGCAUCAUCGCAGCUAUCCGCGUUCCUUACGCAAGACGAGUGGGAGGCACGGUGAACCCAAGCUGGGACAUGAUACCGGGAGGACUACUCUGCGUUGUCGAGGUUGCCGUUGCCCUCUUGACAGCCUCCCUACCUAUAUACCGCCCACUAUUGAGGUUCCUGGGCGUCAGAAUUACAUCGGAUUCCGCAUCCAACUACAAACGAGGUAAUUUACGCAGCUCGAGUAACUUCUUGGGCAGCCAAGUGAGCACCCACAUCACAAGCGGUAGAGACAUGUCGUCUCAGCAAGCAGGUAUCAGUAUCACAGACGAUAUAACGUUGACGACACAUACAUAUGUGGGAGGAGAGUGGGUGCGUGUGGCAGACGAAGAUGACGAUGCUGCUGGUUUGGUUGUGCCAGAUGAAUCAGCGCCGUACGCACGAACCGUCAGCAGCACAAUGAGUGAUAAGUUUUAUUAA